AUGGGGGUGGCCGGGCUCUCCCUGUGCCAGCACUCACGGAGCUACUCCCGCUGUGUCCCAGGCCCAGCCCGCCCUGUGGCAGAGGCAGGCGGACUUUGUCCCCCCCGGAAGACGCCGCGUGAGAUGCUGGCAGCGCCCGCGCCUGGUGCCGAGGGUCCUUCCCAGCCCCCCAAACCGGCUCAGCAUGUUGCUAAACAGCCACGAACACCACUCGCUGCCAGACCCCCAAGGCAGAGCUUGUUUGUCCAGGAUGGCUACAGCAGUCACGUGCCCUGGGGGGAGCUGGAUCAGCUUUCCCAUCCAAACCCCCUCCCCUCUGUGCUCCCAGACCUUUGCAGCGUGCCCCCCGAAUUCCUGGUGCCGGCUGCCAACGAGACGCUGGACCUGGUGCUGGGGAGCCAGGUCGAGCUGAACUGCACCGUGCGCUGGGCGGGCACCGAGCACUGCCAGCCCAUUCCCACCUGGAGCAAGGAUGGGCAGUGGCUGGGCAGUGGGAGCAGCCAGGACACUGUCUGGUCUGGCCAAAACUCCUCGGAGCAGCUCCUGGCCAGCGUCCUGCAGCUCAACCUCACCCAGGAUGCCGAUUUUGGGGUGUUUGCCUGCUGGAUCAGCAAUGCCACAGCCACCUUCACCCUGCGGCGAGCUGAGGCGGUGGGGCACGUGCCGGCGGUGCUGGCAGCCCUCCUGGUCCUGGUGCUCCUGGUGCUCCUGGCUGUGCUCUAUGUCCAGUGCCGCCUGAACGCGCUCCUCUGGUACCGGGACCGCUACGGAGAGCUGGAGAUCAACGACGGGAAGCUCUACGAUGCCUACGUCUCCCACGCCACUGCCCCCGAUGACCGGAAGUUCAUCCACUUCAUCGUGAAGCCGCAGCUGGAAAACCGCCACGGCUACAAGCUCUUCCUGGACGAGCAGAACAUCCUGCCCAACUCAGAGCCAUCAGCUGACCUCAUCAUGAAUGUCAGCCGGUGCCGGCGCCUCAUCGUGGUGCUCUCCGUCGCGUACCUGGAGCAGGAGUGGUGCAACAGCAGCUUCAGGGAAGGGCUCUGGAGGCUGCUGGAGCUUUCCAGGAAACCCAUCUUCAUCGUCUUCGAGAGCCAGUACCGGGAGAUCACCCACCCCGCCAUCACCCUGCUGAAGCAGCACCGAAGCACAGUGACCCUGCUGGUGUGGAGAGCCGGCUCCAUGACCCCAUCGUCGGACUUCUGGAAGGAGCUGUGCCUGGCCCUGCCGCGCAAGGUGUCCUUCCCGGGGGGAAGGAGCGUGGGGGACCCGCAGACCCAGCUGCAGGAGGACAAGGACCCCAUGCUGAUCCUGCACAGCAGCUACCUGGACAGCGCAGGAGACCUGGACCCGGACGGGGACCUCGGCACAGGCCUCCGAGGGCGCGUCUUCGGAAGCCCCCCACCACCCCGCCUCGGUGGGCGCAGCGCUCCCGGCGCUCCGGCAUCCAGCGGGAUGGAGGACGCGCAGCUGCGCGACGGGCAGCGCUCCGAGCUCGACGUCUCGGAUCUGGGGUCGCGCAACUACGGUGCCCGCACGGACUUCUACUGCCUGGUGACAGAGGAUGACAUCUGA